GGCCAACCAAAAGAAAGACAGGGACUCAGAUGUACAAAUGAAAUGAUAAAGUUUUACCAUGGCUGGUGCACGUUUGGGUCUCAAGGCUGAUUACAAAAUUGAUCAAGAGUUGCAAAAUUUAACUCUUCUGGAGAUUGAGAAGUUGAUGCAAAAAAAGAGAAAAAGUCUAAAAGACUAUCCCUCAAUACCAUAUCCAAAUGGAUAUAUCACGGAACAACUAGGAAAUAGGCUUAUUUAUGCAGAACGUGAUUAUGAUACAUCCAAGUUGCGUGAGGAGUUCCAAACUUUGUAUGCUUCUCUUACAGGUAAGAUAAAUGCAAUUCAUAUUAUUUAUAAGUCACAUUAAAUGAAUUUGACUGUCAAAAAGAAAAAUGAUUUCAUGCAUAUAUUUUGAUGCUAAUAUUGCAGAUGAACAAAAAGGCAUAUUUGACACAAUAAUGGAAGCUGUGACUAACCAAAAAGGCGGGGUAUACUUUUUAUAUGGUUAUGGUGGUACAGGGAAAACCUUUAUGUGGAGGACAUUAGCUUCUGCCUUACGUUCUCAGCGUCAUAUUGUUUUAACUGUUGCAUCCAGUGGUAUUGCUUCUCUACUCUUACCUGGCGGUAGAACUGCACACUCUAAAUUUUCAAUCCCAGUUCCGACUCUAGAGAACUCUACAUGCAAUAUACAUCAAGGGAGUGAACUUGCAGAGCUUUUAAAACAGACUAAGUUGAUAAUUUGGGAUGAAGCAACAAUGGCUAAUAGAUUUUGUUUUGAAGCACUAGACAGAAGCCUAAAUGACAUCAUCAACAAUGAUGGUGAUUCUAUUUCACCAUUCGGAGGAAGAGUGAUUGUCUUUGGAGGAGACUUCAGACAAACUUUACCAGUUAUUCCUGGAGGAAGCCGUUCAGACAUUGUUAAUGCUACAAUCAAUUCUUCAUAUCUAUGGGAUGACUGUCAGGUAAUAACUCCAUUUUAGUACCACAACCAAUAUGUUUACUGUUACUAUAAUUUACAAAUUCAUUUUACCACAAUAUACCAAAAUAACUAACCUAAAAAACUUUAAAAAAAUUGUUCAUUCGUUCGCUUUUAGUUUAAAUAAAGUACAAGUAAUUAUAUUAAGGGUUGGUUUGCAACCACUUUAAAAAAAGAACUUCUCAGCUUUUGCCUUAAAAAAGCAAUUCUUUUACCAAACACUACAACUUUUAUUUUUCCCGGCUUUCGUGUCAAAAGUGCUUUUACUUUUUCUAUUACACAAAAAGCACUUAUUUUACCAAACACUAUCAACUUUUACUUUUCAAAAUCACUUUUUUUUCAAACGUUAUCAACUUUUAUUUAAUCACUUCUCCCCAUUUCAUUAAAAAGACACUUUUUUUAAAGUAGAAGCUGUUGCAAACAGACCCUAAUUGUUUAACUAUUUCAAAUAAUCACUUUAUAAAUUUUUUUAGUAAUUACUAUAUAAGUUAUAUUCAAAUAUAAGUAUUUUUUUUUGUUUAUUGAUAGGUAUUGUCUCUUACUAAAAAUAUGCGACUCCAAAAAAAUUUGGAUAUGACAAGUGCUACUGAGCUCAAAGAAUUUUCAAAAUGGAUAUUGGAUGUGGGAGAUGGAAAAAUAUCAGAGCCAAACGAUGGUUAUGCAGAAAUAAAGAUUCCAGAUGAAUUCUUGAUUAAAGAAUUUGAUGAUCCAAUAGAUGCAAUAGUCCGUAGCACAUAUCCGAACUUGCUGGAGCAAUACAAAAAUGAGGAAUUUCUUAAGUCUAGAGCUGUCUUGGCAUCAACUAUUGAAAUUGUCGAUAAAAUUAACGACUAUGUUCUUUCAACGCUCCCAGGUAAUAUUAUAAAAAAGCUAAUUUACUUAUUUACUUACAAAAUAAAUUCUUAAAAAAACUUAAUGAUUAAAUUAAGACUACCGAACUUUUAUAACUACAGGUGAAGAAAGAGAAUAUUUAAGUUGCGAUUCUGUAGACAAGUCGGAUGUAGUUGAAGCAGAAGCAUUUGAAGCGUUGACACCAGAGUUUCUCAAUUCCUUGAGAACAUCAGGUCUCCCAAAUCACAACAUACGACUUAAGGUUGGAACUCCAGUAAUGUUGCUAAGAAAUAUAGACCAGUCAGAAGGACUAUGUAAUGGAACUAGAUUGAUUGUCACAAGACUGGGAAAUCAUGUCAUUGGAGCAAGAAUCAUGUCUGAAGGCAAUGAUGGAGAUGAGAUUUACAUACCUCGAAUGUGUAUGUCUCCUUCUCAAUCACCAUGGCCUUUUAAACUUAUAAGAAGACAAUUUCCUAUAAUGGUCUCAUAUGCGAUGACAAUCAAUAAAUCUCAAGGACAGUCACUGGAAAGAGUUGGAUUAUACUUGCCUAGACCUGUUUUUAGUCAUGGACAAUUGUAUGUGGCAUUGUCAAGAGUUCAGAGCAAACAUGGAUUGAAGAUUUUAAUACAUGAUAGGGAUGGAAAAUCAUUAGACACUACUACGAAUGUUGUAUUCAAAGAGGUUUUCCAAAAUCUUUAACACGUAAGUUUAAUAUUUUAUUUAAUAUUUAUUUUAUUAACUUACACUUUAUGAUAUUGACAUGUUGUUCUUGCUUUUAAGAAGAAAUGCAGUUUUUUGAAAUUCUUUUCUUCUCCAAUUAAUUAGAUCAUGAUUGCAAGUAUAUCCAUCGAUUAUUUUCCCGUGCGUAUGCACGGG